UGUGCCCGCGCAGCGAUGGAGCGGAAGAGGUGGGAGUGCUCAGCUCUCCCUCAGGGCUGGAAAAGGGAAGAAGUGACCAGAAAGUCGGGUCUAUCAGCCGGCAAGAGUGAUGUCUAUUACUAUAGCCCGAGUGGGAAGAAGUUCCGAAGCAAACCUCAGCUAGCCCGUUACCUGGGGAGCUCCAUGGACCUGAGCACUUUUGACUUUCGAACAGGGAAAAUGCUCAUGAGUAAGAUGAACAAGAAUCGACAGAGGAUGCGCUAUGACUGUUCUAACCAAGCCAAAGGAAAACCAGAUUUAAAUACAGCACUCCCUGUCCGGCAGACAGCAUCUAUCUUCAAACAGCCUGUUACCAAGAUUACCAAUCAUCCCAGUAAUAAAGUAAAAAGUGAUCCUCAGAAGGCCGUGGACCAGCCUCGACAGCUUUUUUGGGAGAAGAAACUAAGUGGACUGAAUGCCUUUGACAUUGCAGAAGAGCUUGUGAAAACAAUGGACCUUCCUAAAGGUUUACAAGGGGUUGGCCCCGGUUGCACUGAUGAAACCCUUCUCUCUGCCAUUGCCAGUGCUCUGCACACUAGCACAAUGCCCAUCACUGGACAGCUCUCAGCAGCUGUCGAGAAGAACCCUGGAGUGUGGCUUAAUACCUCCCAACCACUCUGCAAAGCAUUCAUGGUUACUGAUGAAGAUAUCAGGAAACAGGAAGAACUUGUACAGCAGGUGAGAAAGAGGCUGGAAGAGGCGCUGAUGGCCGAUAUGCUUGCUCAUGUGGAAGAGAUUGCCCGGGAUGGGGAUGCUCCUGGGGAGAAAGGAACUGCAGAAGAGGAAGAAGAAGACGAGGAGGAAGAAGAGGAGCAGGACCAAGACCACGAGAUGGAGACUGUAUAGUCCAGGAAGAUUCAGCCAAGAUUUAUGUGUAGAGCAGCAGCAGCAGGGCCAGCACAAGCAUUCCCAAAGCCAGGCACGGCCAAGGACUAAAUGGCAUCUACCAUACUUAGGAACAAGCUCCCUUGACCACUAGAGGAAAGAGUUGGGCAUCAGCGAAGAAAUCUUUACUCUUUUGAAAGACACUUCCCCCUCUUUUUCUUCUCCUCUUCAAAGGUGGGGAGGAGCUAAACGGGUUUAUACCAGAUACACAAUCUCCCCCCUCUUAUUUAGGGGGUGCUAGUUCAGUAUGGUAAAUUUUCCCAGGUCUUUGGUACCUUUCACUUUUUGACCUAGGUUCAGCAUUUUCUCUCUCCUUCUGGGUCUUUUUUAAGGAAAAUAAGAGAGGUGGUUCUUCAUUGGUUGGCCUCUCUCCAGUAACCUACUUGAUAAUACCAACUCCUAAGAGACCAUUUUUAUGUUUUGGAUUGUUGUUCCAUACAUGAAUUCAGGUCAUUGAAUUUCAUGCCCAAAUUGAUCUUGGGGAAGGAGUAAAAUGAGGGUGUGAUGCUCUUCCAGCCUGCUUUUCCCGAAUCCAAUGCCAGAAUUCCUUUCUGCAAUAUUCAGAAUUGAAGCUAGUAUAAACUGGGAAGAUCUGCGGGAACCACAUUCACCUGUCAUGCUCAGUUUCUUCAAACUUCUUAUUCUGUAUUGUCCUUCCUUCCUUCUGCAUCAUGGAACUAAGCUGCCAACAGAGGUACUCUCAGAAUAGUCUGUUCCCAGGGCCCUCAACAUCAUCCCAUAGAUGGGCUAGCAGAAGAGAGAAGUGAGAAGUGGUGUCUAUGAAAUUUUCAGUGUGGUUGCUCAAGUGAGGUUGGGGAAGUGCUUCCAAGCCAAACAGAAGAUCCAUUGGUAAGAAGAGAAAGACUUGAUUCUGGCGCCAGGACUUCCAUCCCUGCAGGAGAGCAGAUGUGGAAGGUGUCACUUUUACUUUAUUUGCACGACUACACAGUACAUGAAGCUAGCUGUGAUAGUCUCACCCUCAUUUUAAAAAAAGUUCACCUUUCUUUAAUAAAUUGAUAAUAUCAACUGAAUUGAAUCCUUUUUUGAACAUUUUAACCUUUUCUAUUUGCUGUGCAUUGAAGUGAACUUUGGCCUUUGUUGAAGAGAAAUGAAAUGUAGUCAAACUGCCUUAAUGGAGUUCUGAAUCCUCAAUAUGAUAUGGGAAUCUGGAACUCUUUUCCCCAUCUCUCUCUAUGCAGCUUGUUUGAGAUUCAGACACAGAAGUGAUUGAUCAUAGGCACAGAUUCUCCCUCUUCCCUCUUUCAGCUCAAAUUGCUUAGGGGUAGGGGGAAUGACAACCCAGAUAUUUUCUGGCACACACUUCUUCCAUGUAGGCUCUGCCGAGCUCUUGUGGGCAGUUUAAAUGAGUAUUAGAAUUACAGAGCUGGAGAACUUAGCCUUAUUAACAAGUGACAAAACAGAUGAUUGGUAAAUAAGGGGCUUGCCCAGUGUCACGUGGCUAGUGAGUCAGGACUGAGGCAGAAAUCUGCCUCAGGCAUGACGGGUUAGUGUAUCAUAUACCCAAAGGGUCAUGUAAUGUGUUUUCAUCUAACAAUUUAAGAUUUUCUUUGAAAGACAUUUUCCCUGUUUAGCUCUCCAGAAAGCCUCAGGCAUUUCCAAUGAGAUAAUAACUUGGGUAUCUUAAAACAGUAAUUUUGAAUUGCCAAAAAGAGGUCAUUUGUUUCAACCCUCUGCCCCAGAGCCUCUCAGUUCUGUGCCUCUUGAGUUUCUUGGGAAGGAGGACUUGACAUUGCUUGACAUCUACAGUGGCCACUACCAUGAUUGGGGCUGAAGACAUUCUUCCAUGGGUAGAGUGAGAGAGAAGCAUCAAUCUUCUUGUAGCAAGAUGACGCCUGCCACAAAAUGCAAGUUCUUCCUUCCUUUUGAAAGUCUUAAUUGAAACCAGCUUUCUUUUGUCUUGGCAACGUGAAUAUUUUUCUGCAAACUGCUUCACUGCCCUCAUGUGCCCUCCUCAGUUUCUGACACAAAUUCACAUGGUUAAAUGCACUUUGGAGGACAGUCCCCAAUGGGCCAAUUUCUGGAGUUCUUCCCCAAUCCACAGAGGGUGAAGUCUAACAAGGCACUGAAAGGACAAGAGCAGCAAGCCUUUUCCUGGCCUAGCUUCUUCCAAUUUAACCAUGGACAAGUGUGGAACUUGCUCUGGAUCUCCUGGAGUGGCAUUUUCAGGAUUUUUGCCGAGUGUGUAGAUGCCUACAAACUCGUUAUUGAGCUCUGCAUUCUUGGUACAGUAGAUCGUAGUCUGAGCUGGACUGAGGGAGUUGUCAAAAAUUAGGUAAUUUAUCAUGAAAUUUAAAGGGUAAUAUGAACCCAGAUUUGAAUCUGUCCUCGUAUAGCCUUUUCUUGGUACUCUUCCUUCUCUUAUCUCUAAUUACAACCUUUUUUAUUUUUUAUUUUUUGCUAGUACAGAGGGGGAAAAAACCUGAAGCAAAUCUAUGUCAGCAUAGUGUAAUUUUGUGAAAUGCCCAGGAUUCCUGGUUUUGCUCCUAUUUAUGCUGAUUUGCAAAAAAGUGGACACUGGGAAAAGGUUAAUUCUCAUCAUGAUAUUGAUGGUCACUGUCUUUCCCAGUGAGCCCUGUCCUCUUCCUCCACUACUUGUUUAUGAAUGAUUGCCAUCACUGGUCAGAUCCAGCAAUGAAUUCAUUUUUAAACUGUAGAGGGAAUAGCAUAACUUGUGGCUCAGUGAUGAGGUAUUCGGCAUUUUAAUGAGUUUAUUGGCAAAACUUGUGUAUUUGAAAAAGGAAUUCCCUCCCCACAAACCCUUGACACAUGAAAAGUACUUCUAGGGAGCAUACACAAGUCAGUGCUGCCCGAGGGAUUUCUAAUGCCCUUUCCCAUUCUACAGAAAUUGUAUUCAGUGGAUUCACUGGAAAGACGAGAAUAAUUCCUCAUUUUCUCCACCUAUCCUCUCCAAACUUGAUCAAUGUAGAGAAGAAGAGUUGACUUAAAGCAUCUUCAUGGGAAAUAGUGAGGAAUAAGGGAUAGUUUUGUCAUUUUUAUCAUAAAGCACAAAUUCCAAACUACCUGAUCCUGGAGGGUGAGGGGGGCGGGAUGAUCAUUGGGCCAGUUUGCCUUGUAAAUCUCAUUAGAGCUAUAACUUUCACAUGUGUCAGACUCAUGAACUGUGUAUGGGGAAGGUUAUUGUGCUGUUGAUGGAUGUUAAUCCUUUUGGCCUAGAAGUCCCUAGCUUGUUACAGGCUUACUACUUGAGGAAAGAAAGAGCUGACCGGGGCUUUCAGUAUGCCAAAUCCAGUGUUGGAGGCUUUGUAUUCUUACAUGGGAAUUGCCUCUCAGCUCUUCUUGUGACCUGUCUCCUGACCUUUCCAGCUCUUUGGGGGGCAUUUUAAGAGUGGGCAAGUCUUUUAAGUUUUUGCUGAGAGAAACUUUGAAAUUGCCAUUUUUGUUCCACCUCAUACCUUCUGGUUAUUACUGAUUCAAUUGACAACAGUGUUACAGGCCUUAAAGUCGGUGUGGCUGGGGCAGCUAGGGGUUAGUGAGAGGAUAUGGAAAUGAAAGCUGGAAGCUACCUGUGAGCAGUCCCAGGGUGAUUGAUUGAUCACAAGGUCCCUGUGUGGAUAUGGAGUCAGGUGGGAACUUUUCAUCCCCUUGUUUGGAAUUUGGAGAGUUUGGUGCUGAUACACUUAAAAAGAGGAUGAUUGUAAGCAUUUUUUUCCCUUAAUGUGUGUUUUUGUAUCUAUAAACAUUUGAAUAAAUUACCCUUAUGGGAAUUGUUGGAACUUG